CAUCUGUUGUUCGUUAGUUACCCCCCUUCCUUCCCUGCCCAUCUCAUGAACAACAAAUUGUAGUUCAAUUGAAAUAAAACAAAAUGUCGUCUCUAAAGGAUAAGGAGAGGGCUAAGGAGCUACAAGAAAAAUUUCAAGCCAUUCUGUCAGCUCUUCUAAAAGAUGAAGAUAAUAAAUACUGUGUUGACUGUGAUGCCAAGGGACCAAGAUGGGCAUCCUGGAACUUGGGGAUAUUUUUGUGUAUACGCUGCGCUGGAAUUCACCGAAAUCUAGGUGUUCACAUUUCUAAGGUCAAGUCAGUCAAUCUGGAUACAUGGACACCAGAACAAGUUGCUAUGGUCCAGGAGAUGGGGAACAGCCGAGGUCGGGCUGUGUAUGAAGCCAACAUUCCUGAUGGAUUCCGUAGACCCCAGACAGAUUCUGCACUGGAGGCUUUUAUCCGUGCUAAAUAUGAACAGAAGAAAUAUAUUGCUCGGGAGUGGAUUCCACCUCAGCCGAAAGUACCAAAGGAAUUGAAUAACAAAUCGUGGUUGGAGGACAGCAAAGCAGAAAAGAAGCGGGCCAGAGCCAAGCCAGCCGGGGGUGUGCAGCUCCCUUCUAUACCAAAGGCAACUGAGAAAGCUGCCAAUAGCACCGUUGAUGCACCCAGACAGAACACUGCUACAAAGGCUGAAGUGAAAGUCCCUGCCCAACCAGAAGUGAAACAAGCUUCUGCUUCAAACGACCUUCUAGGUUUAGAUUUAGGUGCCCCACAGCAAACUAAUGUUCAGCAGGCCACCCCAGCCCCUAGCUCCGGCGGGAACGAGCUGUUUGACUUCUUCAUAGAGCCCAAGCCUGCAGAGACAGCGGCCAACCCGCCUGGACAGUCCUCAGCCGCCAGUGAUCUCAUGAACGGUGCUUCUGAGAACAACCUGUUCGGCAAUGACAAUGCACAAGUGGCUGGCAGUGGGGAGGAGAAGAAAUCUGCCAAGGAUUCCAUCAUGGCGUUAUACGGCGGAGGAGGGGGUGGAGGGGUGAGCCAGCCUCAGAUGUACGGUGUCCCGGCAGCCAUGGAAAUGGCCGGGAAUGUGGUACCGGUACCAGCAAAUUCUGCAACACAACAUUUUGUCAAGGGAUCCGACGAUUUAAUCAAAAUGCAUGAUGCUGCUCCCGGUAGAAAUCCUGGCCUUUUCCUCCCACCCGCAUCAAGUUUUGCUCAAAUGGGCUACAUAGGCCAAGGCCAGCCGGUGGGCUCACUCGGUGGUUCCGUGGGUUACGCGGCCAACAACAACUUCCAGACUGCCUCCUACACCUCGCCCGUUCAGCAGCCACUGCCCACCUCAAGUUUUGGCAAGCAGCCCGUUCCGUUUGGAGCAAAAGCUUCAACAAACUCGCAAGCUGCCUCUGGAAACAUAGGACAAAUGCCGGGAGGAAUCACUCCGCAGCAGCAUCAGCAUCAGCAGCAGACGUCUGCUGCAGGGUUUGGUGCUGCGUCUGUGGGAGCGGCCCAGUCGUGGAACAGCUACGGGGGCCAGGUGCGGCCUGGGUUUUAUGGUGUGCCAGGUGGAGUCUACAUGCCUCAGGGACAACAGAUGUACCAGCAAGGAAUGAUGGGACCACAGCAAGGCAUGAUGGGACCACAGCAAGGCAUGAUGGGACCUCAGCAAGGCAUGAUGGGAUCUCAGCCAGGAAUGAUGGGACAGCAGCAGGGCAUGAUGGGACAGCAACAGCAAGGCAUGAUGGGACAGCAGCAGGGCAUGAUGGGAAAUCCACAAGGCAUGAUGAGACCACAGCAGGGCAUGAUGGGCCCGCAGCAAGGCAUGAUGGGACAGCAAAUGAUGAACGGGUCCCAGCCUAAUGUGUACAACGGGCAGCAACAGAUGAUGGGAGCAAACCCAGGGAUGUACACACCCCAGCAGAUGCAGCAGCUACAAUUCCAGCAGAUGCAGCAGCAGAUGACGUCGAUGAAGCUGAACGGCUCACAGAUGGGCGGGGUUCCCCAACAAGCCGUGCCGGGGAGCGGUGCCGGCAGCUCCUGGGGCGCUCCCAACUCAGGACACACGCUCUCCACCAACCUUUGGCAAUGAUAGACAGCAAAAAUACUCUGCAGGCCUGCCACUUGUUGCGAUGAAUCGGAACUUUUUCUUCUUUGUAAAAGGGGGAAAAGUGAGGGGAAAGAAGAGAUUGCCUUUUUUGUCCCCUUUUGGCGUAUGUAGUAAUAAUAUGUUAUACAUUCAGGGUCUGCCCUGAUUUUCUUUCACAUUCUUUUUGUCUUUGAAUCAGUUGCUCUGACUGGAAUAUUUUUUUUUAUGUCCACUACUAUCAAGAAGACCAGUGCUUACAGCAGAGUUG